AUGCCGCGCUCACCGCUGCUGCUGCUGCUGCUGUGGCUGCCGCCUCUGGCCCCGGGCCUCGGGCUCCACGGCGCUGGCAGCCCUAGACGCCCGGAGUGCGGUCCGUGCCGGCCCGAGCGCUGCCCGGCGCCCGCGCACUGCCCGGCGUCCGGGAUCGCGGCACGCGAUGCGUGCGGCUGCUGCACGCUCUGCCUGGGCGCCGAGGGAGCGAGUUGCGGGGGCCGCGCCGGGGCACGCUGCGGUCCGGGCCUGGUGUGUGCCAGCCAGACCGCCGGGGCGGCGCCCGAGGGUACUGGGCUCUGCCUGUGCGCGCAGCGCGGCGCUGUCUGUGGCUCCGACGGCCGCACCUACCCCAGCGUUUGCGCGCUGCGCUUGCGCGUCCUGCACCCGCCCCGCGUGCACACCGGGCACCUGCACAAGGCGCGGGACGGCCCCUGCGAGUUCGCUCCUGUGGUCGUCCUGCCACCGCGGGACACUCACAAUGUCACCGGCGCGCAGGUGCACCUGUCCUGCAAGGUGAGGGCUGUGCCCACCCCGGUCAUCACAUGGAGGAAGGUCUCGCAGUCUUCCGAGGGUGCCCAGGUGCUGGAAGGCUUGCCUGGGGACCACAUCAACAUAGCUGUGCAGGUGCGAGGGGGCCCAUCAGAGCAUGAAGCCACUGCCUGGAUUUUGAUCAGUCCUCUGAGGAAGGAAGACGCAGGAGUGUACCAGUGCUAUGCGGCCAACACCCUCGGCGAGGCCCAAGCCCGUGGCACUGUGACGGUUCUGGACCUAGGGCAAGACAAGUGGUUCCCCCUCCCUGUCCCAAGUGGCCACAUGUAA